CUCUAGCCUCCUUCCAGCCCGGUGUGCAGCGUCUCUCUUUCUCUCUUUCCCAAUGAUGGCCGCCGCGACGCCUCUGUCUCCCGAAGGCCUGCUGUUGCCCAAGGGCGGCGCUGGGAAGGCCGAGGAGCUGGAGGAGGAGGCCGAGGAGCUGGAGGAGGACGAGUUGGAUGAGACAUUGGCAGAGAGGCUUUGGGGUUUGACAGAGAUGUUCCCAGAGAGUGUACGAUCUGCAGCUGGAAUGACAUUUGACGUAUCACUUUCUCUAGCCCAGAAAAUGUACAGAUUCUCCAGGGCAGCUUUGUGGAUUGGGACAACUUCCUUCAUGAUCCUAGUUCUUCCUGUUGUUUUUGAAACGGAGAAACUGCAGAUGGAGCAGCAGCAGCAGAUGCAGCAACGGCAGAUUUUAUUAGGACCCAACACAGGACUCUCUGGAGGAAUGCCAGGUGCUCUUCCUUCUCUUCCUGGAAAGAUUUAAUUAAGCUUCAUUCGAACCACAAUUUGAAAGGAAGCUGGAAAUCAUAUGUUUGAACUGAUGUUGGGUUAAGGCUGGGGCAUUUUUUCCUUAAAACUGUGGUACAUUCAGCUAGUCACAGUGGAAGCAGAACCUUAAUCUGGAUCUUCUAAAAUGGUUUUUCUUCCUUCAUCUUUUGACAGUCAUGAUUUCCCCAUAUACUUAAUCAAUGUUAUAAUCAGCUACAAGGACUUUUGAAUCCUCUGUUUGGUAUCCUUACCUCCAAGAAACCAACUCUGAACAUGUUGAAUACUGGCCAGCUUUAGCCAGUAGUACUGUCUGUGUAAAUAAUCUUGUUUUCCCUUCCUGCUGUAUCUAAGAUCUGUCUCUGAGCAGUAAGAGCAAGAAAUGGAGUAAAUGGGCCAGCAGGUAUAGUAUAUUGAAGAAUAUAGUGUACAUUAAAGUCCAUGGUGUGAGCAUGUUUACUUGAAGCUCAUGCCUUAUAAUGUAUUGUUUCAAAAAAUAAGGGAUGCAAGAGAAGUUAAUUUUGCAGAUUUUCUGUGCUGAAUCUAUUAGUGUGAAAGUCAGCUACACCACUUUUGUAUUAAAUAGUUUCAGUGCAAACAUAA